AUGCCAGAGUUAAUUUACUAUCUCUUCCAUAUCGCAUUUACGGCGAUACUAUCAGCUGAAGCUGCUGACACGGUCCUCGGAUGUAACGCCCCGGGCACGAUUAUACCAUCCAGCUCCCAUUUAGGCCAAGAUUGCACGAUUACAUCUAUGUUAGCUACGGAAUCUACCAUCCUCCCCACCGGCACUUAUACCUUCUGCACGUGCGGGAAAAGCCAGUAUGACAUCACUACCUUCACGCAGGGUAAAUCUACAAACCUUGCAUGUGUCAUAAGUGGUCCCCGUGUGAGCAUAGUUUCCGUGCAAUCCAUGAUCCCGGCCACAACGUCAAAGACCCCUUCUUCUACGAUCACUAGUACGGGAGGUAUACGUUCACCUUCCAAAAUUACACCCGCAACCUCGGAUGACUCUCCAACUCCGAGCGUCUUGUCCACAGAGUCAGAUGCACAUUCUACUGCCUCCUUGUUCUCGUUCUCAACACUGGAUUCUACUCCUACUACCGAGUCCUCCGUACAACUAGAUUCUAAGACAGCAUCCCUCACAAGUAUACUCUGCGCUACCAAAGUGCCUUCGUCGGCGCAUGCCAAGCCAUGGGGCUCAACCUUCAAGGUAACGGACGCUAGUUCCGCGGUAGCCAGAGCCUGUGACUUUGAAUCUUUUGCUCUAAGUCGAUCAAUGGGCGAGCACUCGUCGGAUUCUUCCGACUUUCACUACGAAGAGCUAAGUAUGUCAAAAGAAGGCAAGGACAUCAAAAUGUUAUUUGCUGCAGCUGUCCGAAGUAACUGUAACAUCAUGUUUUCCCCUGAGUUAUGCAAGUACGUCUUCAAUUCAAUGAUCUCGGGACAUCCUUCUUGUCCCGAAGAUCAGGAUUGGACAAUGGGAGGUAUGGGGAUCAGUGACUGCGGCUAUUUUCUGCUCACCGGAACAUCGUACGAUACGCGAGAUCCCUUUGCAGAUAUGCAUUCUUCUGAGGAUUGGAAGUAA